GCUGUGUGACUUUCUUGUUUACCUUAUUCUAGGUCUUUCUAAUCCACCUUUCACCACACUCGCUACACUGGGCAACGUGCCUUCUUCUUGACCUUUUCUACCAUACAAUCGCUGAUUUCAGGGUUCUGUUUACUUGACCCCUUGCACACAACAACCCAACCACACAUAUCCUCAAACUUCAUCUCGUCACGAUGAAGUCUGGUGCCAUCGCUGCCGUCCUCGCGGCCACUGUCGCUGCCUCGCCCGCUGCUGUCCAAAAGCGUGCAUCCAUCACGCCCGUCACUGUCAAGGGAAACGCUUUCUUCGCAGGCGACAAGCGUUUCUACAUCCGCGGUGUCGACUACCAGCCAGGUGGUGCUUCCGAUGCUAAGGAUCCCAUCGCCGAUACCGCUGGCUGCAAGCGCGACAUUGAGGAGUUCAAGAAGCUCGGCAUCAACACCGUCCGUGUCUACACCGUCGACAACACUGCCGAGCAUGACGAGUGCAUGAAUGCUCUUGCCGACGCUGGUAUCUACCUCGCGCUCGACGUCAACACUCCCAAGUACUCACUCAACCGUGCGACCCCACAGCCAUCCUACAAUGAAGAAUACCUUCAGAGUCUCUUCGCUACUGUUGAGAAGUUCGCCAAGUACGACAACACCCUGUUGUACUUCUCGGGUAACGAAGUCAUCAACGACGAUGCCACCACCAACUGUGCUCCCUACGUCAAGGCCGUCACCCGUGACAUCAAGUCUUACAUCAACGCCCGUGGUCUCCGCAAGAUUCCCGUUGGUUACUCCGCCGCUGAUGUUGAGUCUAACCGUCUCGAGAUGGCCGCUUACAUGAACUGCGGUGACGAUGCUGUCCGCAGCGACUUUUUCGCAUUCAACGACUACUCUUGGUGCGAUCCUUCCGAUUUCAAGACCUCCGGAUGGGACCAGAAGGUGCAGAAGUUCAAGGACUACAGCAUCCCUAUCUUCCUGUCCGAGUACGGUUGCAACAAGAACAAGCGCCAGUUCAACGAGGUCGCUUCCAUCUACGGCACCGACAUGUCCGCCGUCUACUCCGGUGGUCUCGUUUACGAAUACUCCCAGGAAGACUCCAACUACGGACUCGUCAAGAUCGACGGUGGCAAGGUCAGCGAGAUGGAUGACUUCACCAAGCUCAAGAACGCCUUCGCUAAGACCCCCGCUCCCACCGGCGAUGGCGGCUACAAGUCGAACGGCAAGCCCUCUACUUGCCCCGACAAGUCCAACACCUGGAACGUCACCAUCGAUGCUAACAAGCUCCCCACUUUCCCCAGCAAGGCCGCCGAUUUCCUUAAGAAGGGUGCCGGCGCUGGUCCCGGUCUCAAGGGUGCCGGUAGCCAGAGCGCUGGAUCUGCCACCACCGACCUCUCUGGUGAGGCUGACGGUGCCGUUACCUCUGGAGGCGCUUCGCCAUCUGGUGCUGCUCCCGCCAAGGGAGCUGCCGCAUCUAUCCGCCCUGAAUUCGGCAUGCUCACUGGAGCUGUUGUCCUUGUUUCGGCGCUGUUCGGAGGCGCUGCCCUCUUGUAGAGGGGCACGUCAAGUUCGCUGAUGAAGGUGUAUCGAUGUUCUAGAUACGUUAAUACAAAGACCCAGUGCGGGCGAAAACGUUUGUUCUAGGAAGACAAUAUCAUUUUUUUUCUUGAUUCGAGCUCGGUGUUGAAAUAUCUGUCUCAGGCAUAUGUAAUAGAUCAGCUUGUAUAUAAGUAUGAAACGCAUGCGAAUGACGCAACUUUCUAGAUCGUUAA